AUGACGGUUACUGAAAAAAUCCACCUUGAACAAGAACAUCGCAAGCGUUCCAACUUACCCCAUAUACGGGGUAAAGCUGUUGAGGAUCAUCUUCAAGGAAAGAAACAUCAACGUCUGAUUGCAAUCCAGGCUUCAAGACAAAAGCAAGCAGAAUGUAGUAUAUUUGUUGGGGGACUUACCAAGCUCGUCUCUGAAUUAGAGCUCACAGAUUACUUCUCCAAAUUUGGCCCUGUUGCUCAGGUCAUUGUAGACAAGGAUAAGGGAAAGUAUGCCAUUGUAGAGUUCAGUCAGAGAGAUGAUGCAGAGAGGGCAUCAGAAGAAGAGAAACAGAAGAUGAAUGGAAAGAAGAUCACAAUUAGACCUAGAGAACAUAAACCUUUAACUCUCAAAGGCAAGCAACAAACUUCUGCAGGGAAGAAAGCCAAGACUGCCAGAGAUAAAGAGAUGGAAAAUAUCUUGGAAGGACUCCUGGAAGCAGAAGAUGUUUCUUCUCAAAUGAUAGCUCUUGUAGAGGAAACCUGCCUUGAUCAACCUGACCUUCAGCUUAGGUAUCUCAUCUGUGAUUUACUUCAAGAAGUCUUUGUGGAAAUGUUCCCUAAGUGUAGAGUCUUCCCUUAUGGCUCUUCUGUCAGCAGGUUUGGGGUUAAAGGUUGUGACCUUGACCUUCAGAUUGACCUUGGUCAAGAUGACCAGCAGUAUAAGUACCAAUUUGCUUCAAUGUUCCCUAAUGAUGAUGUCAUGGACACCAAUGAAGAAAUGGAUGCUGGUCCAUCAAACUCUGAUGUCCAGUCUAGUGAAGAGCCAGAUACAAGUAAAAUGACACAUGAAGAUAUUCUUCAAGUCCUAUGUCGUUUGUUGAAGCAAUGUGUGCCAUCCUGCCAGCAUGUUAGGGUAAUUCCUAGUAGUCGUAGACCCGUCAUCAAGUUUAUUCACAAGGAGUCUAGCUUGCAUUGUGACUUGUCUUUAGAUAACAGGUUGGCUCUAAGAAACACUGAGCUCCUUCACUUCUACUCUCUGCUAGAUGACCGUAUAAGACCGCUCAUAUGUUGCCUUCGUCAGUGGUCAAAACAUCAUCAGCUGUCAGGGAAUCCACAGGGUCCAGGUCCUAGAUUGACUAACUAUGCUUUGACACUUUUAGUAAUUCACUACCUUCAGAACACACAACCACCAUUGCUACCAACUAUUCAUCAACUCAAAGAACUUGCAGGUCCAGAUAAGAGUGUGAUCCUUGGAGGAUGGGACUGUUCUUUCACAACAGAUCCAUCAAAAUUCAGUUGCCUUGACAACACAGAAUCUCUAGAAUCACUGAUGAAGGGUUUUUUCUGCUUCUACACCAAGUGUGACUUCGCUACUAGUGUACUUUGUCCUGUAUCAGGCACCAUCAUCCCUCUCACCCAGUUUAAGACUCAGAUGACUCCAGAUUCAUCAUCCUCUAAAGAGUUCAAAGUGGGGCCAUUCAACAUUCAAGAUCCAUUAGAGCUAACACACAAUGUUGCCAUGAAUGUCAAUGACAAAAUUGCAGUUAAGAUGCGAGAGGAGCUGCGCAAGGCCAGCUUGACCUGUAUCUCAUUGAGGUACAGGAAGCAAGGGGAGGAUCCAGAAACAGGUAAGAUACCACGAUGGGGGCUCCUAAGCCUCCUGGAAGAGAGAGAUGGAGGAAGGAAGAAAGCAGAAGGUGGAGCAUCAGUUGUCAUCCCCUUGAAAAUGAGCCAAGUGACUCCUGAGUUUAUUAAGCAAUUUGAGGAUGCAAGAGAUAUGAAAUGGGCCUGGUGUCAACAUGCAGAGAAAUUUGCUAUGGGCCUGAUCGAAGAUGUGCUUGGGAUUUUAUGUUCUGAAGAAUCUCAGGAUGAUCAUACCACUGAAAUGGAAGAUGGUGUUCACUCACUACAACCGCCACAAGAAAUGAUAGAGCAUCCUGAAUCUUCUUGCUCAAACAGUGAUUGCCACACUAGCACAACAAAAGACAUUCAGUUGAGGGAUACAGUAAGUGAUGAAGAUAUUGAACCUUCACGGAAGAGACAAAGGAUUUCUUCCAAUUUAGAUGAUGAUGAGCAUGAAAUGUCUAUGACCUCCAGUAGUAGCAUGAACUCUCCAGCUGUAAUCACAUCCCCAGGAUCCUCUACAUCUCCUGCUACCAACCAUGAUGGCAGCACAAUCAGCAAGGUCAUUCAGUGUAAAGCCAUGCAUAAUGUCUGGGUAGGCCGUAGGAAAUUACGACGUAAACUCCAAACAGAGAAACCAUGGGGAGAUGCACCAAUUGAUGAGCUCAGCAAAGAAAAGCUUGUUACUCAUGAGAUAAUGAAGUCCUCUACAACUCCUUCUACCCCCCUUACAGAGUUUAAGAUUGAAUUCAGAAGAAAGCUAGCAGCCGAUUGCACACUUGUCAUUAUAGCAUUUCAUACUUCAAACAAUGAUGUAAAUGCAAAGAACUUUGCACAUUUUUAUGAUGAAUUUGUUGCUAGAAUGCUGUGCCACUUGAAAGUAUGAUUUUAUUUAGAUUACUUAUUGGUGCAUUUUUCUUCACAGGAUAAUGAAAGCAUGUCUUGUUAUGUAUUUCAAAAAUACCACUAUGCAUGUACUUGUUACUUUCAAACAUGUUAUACAGUUAUACAAAGCAGCUGUACAAAGACAAAUAAUAUGUCUCUAAAUGUGUUUUGUGUGUUUUAACUUGAUUAAAAAGGAAGUGUUGUCAAACAAAUGUUUCUGAAUGUAACAUGACAUGACAGGUGAAAGAAAAUAGAAUAACAAAUCAUUUGAUGAUACCUUAGUACCUUAACUACUUAUCAGUUAAUGCCCCAAAAUCGUAUUUAGAUACUCUGUCAGGAGUAUCCAAAUGUGCAUACUUUUGCUGAGAGGCAAGCAACUGAAAGGAAAAGCUCUGGGAAUUUGUCCUUAUCCAGCAAUUUUAUUCACUUGAUUGUGCUGAAAAUAUUUUGUUUUAAAACAGUGUUUUCAUUCCAUAUUUUAUAUGGUUCCAGUCACGCUAAGUCUUAUCUUAAAUCUAGAACUUUUCAGUGGUUGAAAGAGAUAUGACUUUUCAGCUAAAAUUUUUUUUUUUUUGUCCAGUAUUGUCCUAAUUACAGACUUGCCCACUUUAUCAUUCAUUGCAAAAAUUACAUGUAUGUGAGGAACAUAAGGAAAUCGUGUAUAGAAUUAAACAUCUUGAAACUUCAAUCCUAGUAGAUUUUUUUUUUUUAAAUACAUUUGAUGAGUAAAGCUUCUGGUUGCCAUGAAUCCUGGUUACUUUGUAAAUAUGAUCUACAUAAACCUGACUCUAAAUGUAUGUCAUAUAGUGUAUGGAUGAGGGCCGUAAAAAAAAUCAUGUCAUAAGAAUCACUGUAUUUUUCACAUUGUCAAAAUGUGAAAGUGUCAGGAAUUGCCAGACCUAAUUUUCCCUAUAGAUUGUGGUGUUAUAUUCUUAACUGAGAACCAUUUCAUGAAUUGGACUCUUGAAUCAUAAUAUAUCUUGAUAAUACCAUUAUAUUAAAAAACUUUAAUAUUUCUGGUUCUUUAUCUUUCCGUCUGACCAUGAUGCCACAAAAGUGAAUUAUUCCAGCUUCUGCAAGCUUCUUUUAAUAUUGUAGAACCACUAGCGUAACUACGAGUCACAACCCAUGCAAAAACGUAUCUUUGCCCCCCCCUGACGGGCUUGAAAAACCUUUUUUGCCCCCCCUGACGAGCUUUAAUACCUUCAAUGCCCCCCUGACGAGCUUGAAGACCUUUUUUUUUUUUUUUUUUUUUUUUGCUUGUCAAUUUUUUUUUCUGGUACGAAUUCCUUUAUUUGUGAUCGAAGACCUUUUUUUUUUUUUUUUUUUUUUUUGCUUGUCAAAUUUUUUGGCAAGGUACGCCACUGUGUAGAACUUUUUAAUUUAUUCAAUUGUUAAAACUUUAAAAAUAUUAUAAAGAGUGUCAAUAAAAUUGGUGAAGGCUGUAUGUUUGGGUAAGUGCUAAAUUUUGAAACAUUUUAGAGAUGUAAUCAUGUUUUAGAGAUGAAAUGUUUGCCCACGUUGGAAAAAAAAGAGGGUAAUGAGAAAGAUGGAUCAGGCCAUUAAGGAAUUGGUAUUGAAUUGAAGUUUCUUGUCAUGUUCACAUUUAUCAGUUUUGUUCAGUCUUAAUCAGUCUUUUUCAUCGGAUGAUCAUGAAAUAUUCAAGGAGAUUUAUUCUUGACUAAAACCUUCAGAAUACAUUCCCUGCUUUGCAGAUUUGCCAUGAAGAAUUAAUUUAAGGGGGAACUGUAGAUGUUAUUAUUGAGUCUUCUUUGAUUACUUCUUUAUUUCUUUAUUUAGGUCUACAAAAUGAUUCAUAUCAUCUCUUUAGAUUUAUUUCUGAUUUUGUUUUUGAGAGAUAAAAAUAUCUCAGAAACGUGGUACAUUUACAAAUUGUUCUACACUACGCUUUAGGCACACAUACUUGUAUGUGGGCCUGUCAUGGUCUAGUGGUUCUGACUCUUGCCUUUCAAACAGAGGGUCAUGAGUUUGAAUCCUAGCCAUGGCGUGUUUUCCUUCAGCAAGAAAUUUAUCCACACUGCUGCACUCGACCCAGGUGAGGUAAAUGGGUACCGGCAGGAAGUAAUUCCUUGAGCACCUCGCAAGGUGGAUACGUGCGCUAUACAAAUCCUAUAUUAUUUUGUAUUAUUAUUUUUAUUGAAAUACUAACUAGAGUAUAUCUUACAUCUGGAGUGGGGUUGGGGCUGCCAACAAAAUUAAAAAAGAUGAUGAUUAAAUGGAUCCAAUUUUUUUUAACUUUCAAAUUAUCAAUUUAUAAAUGCAAAAUUUUAUGAAAAUUUUCUUUGUCAACAGCCAAUCAAAUGCUGUUUUUCGGAAGCUUAUAAGCAUAACUUUGAUGAUGUCACACUCAUACAUGUAACGUUUUUAUCCAACAUUGAAUCGGGUUGCGCUGCUAUGUCAGGGGAUACAUGUAUGUGAAGCCCCUAGAAUAUCAAUAACAUGAAGAAAUAGGACAGAAAUCUAUUGAUUCAUUAAAAAUGUUAGAUACUACUUUCCAUUUGAACAAAAUUAUGAAUACUCUUUUUGUUUAAAUUUAAGUAUCUUCCAAUCAUUUUUUUAGCUAACCCUGACUGUUCUGCUCUUAUAGUAAAUGAUAGCAUACACUGAGCAAUGUCCUUUUUCUCUUGUGUUAUGUUAUGUUCUACCCCCCAAUCAGGGGUCACAUUCCUAAGUUACCCAUGUAAAGAAGUGGGUACCUUGUAGGAGAUGAAUUCUUUAUUGGUCAGUGUCUUUAGUUCUAUGUAGUUAGGGAAUUACUUAAUUGCUUAGAAAUACUUCUAUUCCUUCUAUAUUUCUAUGUGACUGCAUAGGGGAGAGGGAGUAAAAUUAAUUAUACGUACAUACUUUUGUACAUGCAGGUGUAUUUCAGUGGGGUUUUUUUUCUCAUAAACACAAAUUUACUGUUUAUGAGGGUGGAAUCAUAUGCUUCCUCAUAACAAGCCUAACCACAAUUUCUGCAUUGAAAAGCAAACCUUUAUUUCUGGUAAUUGCAUGUAAAUACAUUUUAAUGCUUACUUUUAUUCCCUUUUUGCUACUUGGACGAGGGUAUUCCUUUCCUGAAAAGGAAGAUUUGAUUCAUCUCCUGUCAUAGAUGUUUUAGUUUGUCAUUUAUAAAUAAUGAUAUUUUAUAUGCCUUGUUUAUCAAAUUCUAUUAUUUUUCAAUAUAACCCAUCGUGACGAAA